UCACUUAGUUUACACAAAAUAGCAAAGAAAUUCAGCAACACCCAGCUAAAGAGCCAGAUACUUCACUAAGGAGGUGGAGGAGAGGAAAAACAAAAGAAAAGUAAUAAUCUGACUUAUAUUCAUUAGAUUUGUUAAAAUAUGGUCGGAAACAUGACUCCAAAUAGACUUUGAUGCUGUGCUCUGUCUGCUGGAUGUUUAAUCAGGGCAAGUUUACGAGACAAACCUAAAACCUGAUAAAACAGUAAGUGAUAAUAUUAAGUACUUUGUUUGAUUCAUUUGUAAAACUAAAGUCUGUGAACUCGAUGAAGACUAGUGUUAACAAAGAUAUUAUCUCAUCCAGGAAUUGAUGAUAGUAUAAACCUCUUUUCAAAACUGUGACUCGUGCAUCUACAUUUACAACAUAACUGCACAACCUCUCCUGAUUGGUCUAUGCACUUUAUCACUACUCUAAACCAGCCUGUACUUGUUCUAUCAUUUUAAAUGUUCAUGCAACUGUAUUCAUAAAUGUAUCUUUUGCUCUGUUCAACACCUUUUUACACCUUUUAUUCAACUUCAACUUGAAUUCAACCUCAUUCUUGUGUAUGUGUUUUAGAUUGUGAGCGUUGUCUGAGGGAGCGAACGCUUUGCUUCACUGAUGUUCGUGCUUAUGCCAAAAAAAAAAAGGAGAAAAACAAACUUGAACUGCUGUUGCUCUACCUAAUCCCAAAGCUGUGCUGUCCAAUCUGGGCUUCAAACUGUUUCCUUUGCAACCUCAGCUGACAAUAUGAGGUCAGUCACCAAAUUGCAAGCUACAUCAGAUACUUGCUGAAGCCUUACAUGUAAAGAUGGCCUGUGGCUAUAUAAUAACUGGAGGGAGUUGAAAUUCUUGUACACCCUCUGCUGGAGGAAAAGAGGCAUAACCGAACACUAGACUCAAUCACCUUCAGCCUCCUUGUGUCGUCCUAAUAGUCCAGUCUGUUAUCACUCAAAAUAGCCUCAGCUCUGUUCAGGAGCUAUCACAAAGCAGUCCUGAUGUUUUCUGAUAUAUUGUGUAUCGUGGGCAAUCUAACCUCUGCAGGCUUUAGACACUGAUGCACAGGAGACUCCUGAACCUGCUGCUGAUUUCAUGCCACUGUUGAUGCAGUGUUACAGUGCAUUCCUGAGGGCUGGACGUCAUUGCAGAUGAACCUAUAGGGGAUUGGACGGACAUAUUCCUCUUAAAUGUCCCUCCCUCCCUCCCUUCCUUCCUCCCUGUCUCCCAUCACUCCUCCCCUGACUUCUUCAGUGCUUUUUUUCUAUGUGAACUUUAAACAUGAAGGACUAAGUGCUUUAGCUCAUGUGGGAAUAUGGCUACUUUCCAGGCAUCCUGUGUGUGUGUGUGUGUGUGUGUGUGUGUGUGUGUGUGUGUGUGUGUGUGUGUGUGUGUGUAGUUGUUUGUUUCAGUGUAGAGGGACUAACUGCCAACUUUAUGCAUAUAGAGCAUUUACAAGCUAUUAAUUAUAUAUCUAUUCCCUGUUGAGCACUGGGUUCCCUCCUCUUUAUCAAAUGAACUUUGACUGAAAGGGUUAACCUAACUAAUUUUCUCAGUUGUUUGUGACUUUGUGGACCAGUAAACCAAGCCGAGUCCCUCCGACAUGCUUCAUCCGAGAGCAUCCGGUUGCCGUUCUUAGCUCACAUACCGCUCUUCAUGCCUGGGAAAAUCAGAACAGGAAAUGAAGUCAUGCAGGGUACUUAAGGGUUCUUGAAACUCUGUGUGCGACAGACACGACACUGAGAAAAGCUGUCAAAAAGUAAGGGUUACUGGCGCUGGAUAAAAGGCAGGAAAUGAGAAGUAGAGGACAAAAAAGGCAACGGCACACACUGAGGACUUCGGGGUGCUUCUAUUAUGUAACAUAGCUGGUACCCUUGUUAUGUAAGAAAUCAUCUCAUAGUCCCAUUGUCCCGCACAUGGGACGCCCAUAUUCACAAACACACGCACACACACAUACCACCUGUCCACCCACCCAGCUGUUGUUCUGUUGGCACAUAUUCUCCACAGCAGGAACACUGUGACAUGGAAUAGAUCCAGGGGAAAGCUUGGUGUGAAGCUUAGAUUAACUCUGACUCUGUGUGUGUGUGUGUGUGUGUGUGUGUGUGUGUGUGUGUGUGUGUGUGUGUGUGUGUGUGUGUGUGUGUGUGCUAUGUGGCUUACUGAUGACAUGUUUGUGUGAUAAUUAAUCUCUUGAUUAAAUUCUGCACUGAUGAAUAGCAGUGCUUUGUUGCCACGCUGAUAGGAGCUGUGCCACUUGGCACCUUUGUGCACAAACACAAAGAUGCUGACAAGAACACAAUCACAAAGACUGUAUGAGAGCACACUGUUCACGCUGUAAAAAAGUACAACAGCUUCAUAGCUAUUGACUACUCAUUACCACAACUCUAGAAAUGUCAGCGUACAAGUCAGUUCAAGUAAAAUCUAUUUGUAGUUUUGUUUCUUUUACUUUUCUCUCUCUUUCAAUUGGACUGGAUGCAUGCAUAGUAUCACCUGGCUUAUCUUUUUACAUUUUUCUCUUUAAAUGUCUCUUGCGCUUACUUUCCAUCCUAGGAAUUACACAUUUAGUAAAUAAGAGACUGUUUUGAUGCGUUUCCUCUUGUGGAUUUCCCACAGGCUCUGUCCUCCCCCCAGCUGUCUGUCUGUCCCAUCCUUACUUACAUUCUCUGACUCACUGGGGUCAACAUCUGGACUGCGCUCAACAUCCGCUCUGCAAAAUGUGUUGUAAGUGUUUGCGUACACACUGCAUUCUCUGGCAUAUUGUUCUGGUGAGCAGUCAUGCAUGGUAAAGCCCAGAGAAAGAGGUCAGGGUCAGAGUCUCCUUGUCGACCUGCCUGCAGGUUCAGCUGACAUGUGAGGUUAGUGUCCACCAGUCGUCAGUCUGUAACCUCAGGGGGUUGCUGGAUGAUGCAGACGCCAGCUGAAAUUAGUCGUUUCCUGCAUGGACAUGAUGAGGCGACGGAAGAUCUGGUGAUGAAGAUGUGAAGUAAGCGGCAUUGGAUAGCUUCUUUUUGGAGCGUAGAGGAAGGACAGAAAAGGAGGAAGAAGAGGGAACAGAUGGAUGGAUGAUGGAAAUGAGCAAGGGAGUGUUGUUGUUUAAAAAAGAUUGUGAGGGAAUUGAAUAAAGUAAGAAACAAGAAAGUGUACAAAAUGAAAUGAACGGGUAAUUUGGUCAAGAAGUUACAUUUAUGAAGAAAGAAAGAUCAGUGAAAAGUUGGGAAACUAAGAUAGAAGUACAGAAAGUACAGAGUGGAAUUAAACCUAGUGCAGUGCAACCCGAGGCAAAAAAAAAGGUUUAAUGUAGAGGGAUAUUUGUAUGUGGAUCCUAACAAAGCAGAAAGUGUGAGGGAGGCUGAGGAGAAAAUUAAAGGGAAGAGAAAACCUGCAUGGGGCAGGCUGAGAGAGGGAGGCAGAGUUGUAAACACAGUGGUAGGAGAGGCAGCGAGGAAGAAAGUGAAGUAAAAGUCGCCGCUUGAUGGAAAGGCUGGAUAGCAGCUGAAUGGACGCGUGUCUUGGGAUUAAAAAGACAUAGAAGCAUGUCAUCACCUGCACGAUGAGGGAUACAAAGAUUGAGGCUAAGGAGGCUUGUGAUUGGCUCAGAGCAGCAGGAUUUCCACAAUACGCCCAGCUCUAUGAAGAUUCCCAGUUUCCGAUCGAUAUUUCCUCAGUGAAAAGGGACCACGACUUUUUGGAUCGGGAUCUGGUGGAGCCUCUAUGUCGGCGUUUAAAUACUCUGAACAAGUGUUGCUCCUUGAAACUGGACGUCAGCAACCCUAAGAAAAAAGGUGAUGACUCUGAUGAAGAUGACCCGUUGGCCAUCAGUAAAAGGUGGACGUUUGAGUGGAGCAGCCGGCGUUGGUCUCGGCUCCAGGACUUCCUGUUGGAUGGCACCAAUGAGGGCAGCCCAACAGGUCAUGUGGACUGUCUGCACAGCACGGUGAGCAGUGAAAGCAUGCUGACCGACCUGAGCGAGCAGGAGAUCACAGAGAUCUCCUCUCUGCACAGCGAGGACUCCGCCUCCGCCAUGACCGACUCUUUAUCCAUGGCGUCUCUCUCCGCCUCGUACCAACCACCUCGAGAACUUCCAUAUUACAACUCUCUGCCAAUUAAGAGUAGCCGCCAUGGACAAGGAGGGCGGAAUAAAGCCAAAGAGUUUCUGCGUCGUAUGGAAUUAAUGCGUACCUGGGGUCCGUCGUCAAAGCGGAAAAGCUCAAACCGGAGGCCGCCACUGGUCAUCAGUGGGCCCGUGUUACACGGGGAGGAGCCUCUGGCGUUGCAGGUGCUCACAUGUACUCCCAUCAGCCAACUAGAGCAAAACCACCAAACUGAUGGGGACACUUUGGUCUCAAGCACAGAUGAUUGUAAAGAGCAAUCUGCAUUGAGUGUGAGCCCCAGCAGUGAGACAGAGGAGCCGAGUGUGAAAAAACCUUUAAAUACAAAACCCAGAACUGCCAAUAAGAGGAGCAGCAUGUAUCUGGAAGACAUGGCGCUGCCUUCUCAGGGUAAGAGGCCUGAAGGACAGAGCCAGUUUGGCAGAAACCUGUUCCGUUCGUAUGAAAACCUCCUCAUUCACAUCCCCAAAGACCAUAAGCCUGGCACCUUUCCAAAAGCUCUAUCUAUAGAGAGCCUGGCACCUUCCCCUGGUGACAGAAACCCCCAGAAACAAUCCCAAAAGUAUCGACCCACCACCGGAAUGCACGAACCCUGGCUCGGUAAGCCAUUGUCCAAACCCCCCUGUCCUAGAGCUCCUCGGGGCAGCAGGGUGAGCGUUUAUGACAAUGUUCCGGGCUCCCACCUCUAUGCCAGCACAGGAGACCUGCUGGACUUAGAGAAGGAGGACAACCUGUUCCCUCACCUGGAUGACAUCAUCCAACAUGUCAGCGGCUUGCAACAGAUUGUGGACCACUGGAGUCGCAGUGUGCUUCCUGAGGGUGAGGCGGGGGAGGGGGAGGAGGAAAGGGAGGGCAGAACCACCCCGAGUGAAGAAGAGAGAGACGGGGUGUCAUUGAACGACACUGAUUCUACAGGGACCGGUCGAGAGAGGCGGGACUCUGGAGUCGGCGCCUCACUGACAAGACCACGUCUACGAUGGCCCAGUUUCAGGACCUCUGCUCAUCUCAACCAGCCGGCUUCUUCGCUUCUCACCGGCAGCCAAUCAGCCGGCCAGCUCAGCCUGCUGCAGAAGUUCUCUUUGCUCCGCCUCACCGCCAUCAUGGAGAAAUACUCCAUGUCAAACAAACAUGGCUGGACGUGGUCUGUGCCCAAGUUUAUGAAGCGCAUGAAGGUUCCAGACUACAAAGAGAAGAGUGUGUUUGGUGUUCCCCUCAUCAUCCAUGUCCAGCGCUGCGGUUUCCCGCUCCCUCUGUGUUUACAGCAGGCCCUCAGCCACCUCCGAACAAACUGUCUGGACCAGGUGGGAUUAUUUCGCAAGUCCGGCGUCAAGUCUCGUAUUCAGGCCCUGAGGCAGCAGUGCGAGCUGUCCCCUGACUCUGUAAACUACGAGGACCAGUCGGCUUACGACGUGGCAGACAUGGUCAAACAGUUCUUCAGGGACCUGCCCGAGCCGCUGCUAACAAGCAAGCUGGGAGAAACUUUCCUGCACAUUUACCAGUAUGUCCCAAAGGAGCAGAGGCUUCAGGCUGUCAGAGCAGCCAUAUUACUGAUGCCAGAUGAAAACAGGGAGGUUCUGCAGACAUUGCUCUGCUUCCUGCGUGAUGUCACUUCUAUGGUAGAGGAGAACCAGAUGACUCCGAUGAACUUGGCUGUUUGUCUGGGACCUUCACUCUUCCACCUCAGCAUCUUGAAGAACGAGACGCUGUCGCCAAGAUCAAUCCAGAGGAAGUACACCACAGGCCGACCCGAUCAGAAAGACCUAAAUGAGAACCUGGCCGCCACCCAGGGCCUGUCACACAUGAUCACUGAGUGCCAGCACCUCUUUCAGAUCCCCGAGGAGAUGGUGAGCCAGUCUCGCAACUCUUACAUGGAGGCCGAGCUGAUGGUGCCCCCGCUGGAUGAGCUGCGCAAGGCUCACGAGGAGGAAGCGAUCGAGGAUGAGGAAGAGGAGGAUGUGGAAGGGUCCUAUCACGCACACUUAGAAAGGCUGGUCCAGAACCUGCUGGAAGAGGCCAAAGACAAGAGCAAAGGCUGGGUGUCUCGCUCAACUACUGACCAUACAGAACUGGCAUUUAAAAAGGUGGGAGAUGGUAACCCUCUAAGGCGAUGGCGAGUGUGUGUCGAGGUGGCGGCGACACCCAGUGAGGUGCUGCAGCGGCUCCUGAGAGAGCGCCCCCUGUGGCAUGUUGAACUACAGCAGGAGAAAGUUCUGGAGACGCUGGAUAAACAGACGGAUGUGUACCAGUACUCCUGCUGCAACAUGGCACCUCACCCCAGCUGUGACUUUGUGGUACUGAGAUCCUGGCGCACAGACCUGUGUAAAGGCUCCUGCGCCCUGGUGUGUGUGUCCAUCGAACACGAAGACAGCCCACGCAUGGGAGCAGUGAGGGGGGUGGUGCUUGAGUCACAGUACCUCCUCGAGCCCUGUGGGACCGGGAGGACCAGACUCACACACGUCUCCAGAGUGGACCUCAGGGGAAGAUCUCCAGAAUGGUACAACAAAGCAUUCGGUCAUCUGUGUGUUAAUGAAGCUCAGAGGAUCCGCUCCUCUUUUCAACUGGCUGGAUCAGACGAGCACUGAGCCCCGGACGACAGCCUUUAUUUUGGGUCACACUGGCUGAGCAGCUGGGCCGGACAACAAUUGAUCCAGGAGGAGAUUCAUUCAGGAAGUGGACUAUGAGUGUCUUUUAAUGCUGCUGAGUACCAUACUGUACUGAGUCACAGUCAUUCACAUGCGGAGAGGGGAAGUGUUUCUCAUCCUAGACAUCUUUAAAAAACAAAUUACUCCUUAUUUACCUCAUAAAUUAUACUUUUCUAAACCUGCAUUUGCACCCUUUUUUUUCAUUUUUAACUAUGAAACAAAUAAUUAGUUUUUCUUUGUUAUGUAGACAGGCUAUAUUCAUUAUUUAUUCAUUCUUACAAAUAAAAUAAAAAAAACCUUGAUAAAUAGACUACCUAGUCCAGAAGCCAGCUCCUUCCUAUGACCCUGGUUUAUUGGGUAUUUUAUGUAACAGGAAAAGUUAUUUUAAUGCAGUAUCCUCCUAAGCUUACACAUAACUACGACUGAUCGCGCAGAAUGAUCAACAGUGGCAUGAAUGUGCCUGGUGCGUAAGGGGGAAAAAAACCUGCAUCUGUAUUGAUUAUUUUGAGAAGUUUAUUCUAACUCACACGGCCUGCCAGUAUAUGUACGACUUAUUUGAUUGAUAAAAAAAAAAAAAUUCUCUGAGACAUAUUGUUGAAACUGACCUGAAGAGGCAGUAGGCAUUCAUUUCUGAUCUGAUUUAAUCAAAGAAGAAAUUAAUGUGAAAUGCAUAAAACAACCCUUAAAAUAUCUUAAAUUUACUUGACAUGCCUUUUAAAGCCAACUUUUCAAUGAAUUUGUCCCUCUAUAAACUAACUUUUAAAUCUGCAUCAGCAUUUACCCCUCCGACGAAAGAUAUUAACAUAUCACAUCUAUAAAUGCACUUCAUUUUGACUGUGCCUUCUGCAGGUAAAGAUGCAGAAACCCUAGUGUGUCCAUUGAAUAGGAAUGACUUGAACCAGUACAAUAUGGGUACAUGUCAUCAUUACAUUUUGAAAAGUGCGCUUGAUCAGGAGCAACAAGUACGUGACGGAUCUGUAUCACAGAAAAGAGGAAACAGGAAAGAGGUCCAUCGAUGUGCUUUAAUCCUGUUAUUGAUAAAACUGUGUUAAAUAUCACUGUUAAGUUCUUUGUCACUACUUUCAGUGUUAAUCUUAUCUAAAUGUUAUUUUAAAGUUAUGAAAUCCAUUAUGAUGAUGUAUAUGAUGUCACUGUUGCAUUUUUUUAAAUUUUAUUUCUGCUGUCAUGUUAUACAAUGUCUAAGACAUGUGAUCAUUUCACUGCUUCUGGGAAGCAUGUUUGAAAUUGUGUGUGUGUGUGUGUGUGUGUGUGUGUGUGUGUGUAUGUGUGUGUGCAUGGAUUUGCCCGUGUAUCUGCAUUAAAGAUAUACGUUCAGCUUG